CAAUUCGGUCACACUCUCAGUCACCGGCACACAAGUCAACUCAGAAUUAGGAUUGUGUUUGGAAAUUUCCAGAAUACAAUCAAAUAGAAUAGUUUAAAUCAAACGCUAUUUGUUUUCAAUACAAACACAAUGUCCGCCGAGGAAGCACAGUACGAUAACAUAUUGCUGGCUUUGGCCGAGAAGCAUCGAGGCGGCGUACCCGACUUUCUGCAGACAUUGGCGAGUUUUUUGCGACGCAAAACCGAUUUUUAUACGGGCGCCAAACAGUCCGAGUGGGAAAAAAUGCUGCUCGGUGUGUUUCGCAAAGAGUCCAAACUGGCCAUGGCUGACCACGAUGAGAAGGUCAAGGCACGCGACGCUGCCCAGCGUGUGAAGGAUGAGAAGGAGCGUGCGGAGCGAGAGGCACGCCAAAAGGAAAUGGAUGACAAUAAGAUUUGUGAUAUUAGCGACGAGGAAGCAGCUGCCAUCAUCAAGGAGCAGGAGGACAAAAAACGACAGGCGCUGCUGGCUGGCGCUGGAGGCGACUCGGCCAAGUUGAGUGCCACCAAUGAGGAGCUGUCGAAGCCCAUCGAAAAGGUUGAUGAUGAGAGCGAAAAGGCUGAAGUUGGCAAACUGCAACCUAAUGCUGGCAACGGCUGCACCCUCGACAAAUACAUGUGGACUCAAACGCUGCAGGAGUUGGAGCUGAAGAUUCCCUUCAAUGUUUCUUUCGCUUUGCGUGCUCGCGACAUUGUGGUCAGCAUUGGCAAGAAGACAUUGAAGGUGGGCCUCAAAGGUCAAGAGCCUAUCAUCGAUGGUGAGCUGUAUGCCGAGGUCAAGCAGGAGGAAUCCGUUUGGGUGCUUCAAGAUAGCAAAACCGUGAUCAUCACCUUGGAGAAAAUCAAUCGCAUGAACUGGUGGAGUCGUUUGGUGACCACCGAUCCGGAAAUAUCCACACGUAAAAUCAAUCCAGAGCCAUCGAAGCUAUCCGAUUUGGAUGGCGAAACACGUGGCAUGGUCGAGAAAAUGAUGUACGAUCAGCGCCAGAAGGAGAUGGGUCUGCCCACCAGCGAAGAUCGCAAGAAACAAGAUAUACUCGAAAAAUUCAAGCUGCAGCAUCCCGAAAUGGACUUCACCAAAUGCAAAUUUAAUUAGAAAACACUUUCGUUGCAGCAGAUGCAUAUUCUAUAAGUUUUCGUUCAACUUCAGUAUAUCUAACACAUAAAAAAAAAGCGACACAUUUUCGAAAUGUGUCUCCUGCAUUUUUCCAACACUUACCGAAUAAAUUAACUACCACAAAUUUGUUAACACUUAAAAGAAACAAUCACAGAUUGCGAUUUACAUAUGUUAAUCGUAAUUGCUGGGCGAGGGAAUUAGUGAAAGCGACUACGUUUCCAUGACAGAUCACAGGUCGCCGCCUUAAAUCUCGCAUGCGAAAGAAAUAAAUUUAAAAUACAA